AUGGGAUCCUCAGAAGCCAGGCUAGAGUACAUGGUGGGGGCCAGCACAUGCGUCCGUCCAUCCCAUGAGAUAUUUUGCGGCUUGGCCGGAAGACCAUUUGUUGGAACUGAGCUGCUUCGCUUACAGGGCUCCUUUGGAUCCGAUUAUCCUCACCCCGAAGAAAUUGAAAGGCUACCUGAAGGUUUGGCUAAAGACAUGGCCGGCAAUGCCUUCCCAACCACCGUGCUCCAGGCCAAUUUCAUCUCUUCGUUGGUCUGUCACAAUGCCUGGCAAGAUGUGGCUGCUCGCGUAGAUUGCGCUUCCCCAGCCAAGCCCAAGUGCAACCGGAAAAGACGGCACACUCGCCAGCCUCCAGAAGGAGACAGUGGGGAACCGGACGAGAAGAAGAAGAAGAACAGCAAGCAGCGACCUUCAGAUGAUGGGAUGAAUCCUGGUGAUGAAACCGUGAGCACGACCGUCACGAACAAGCUUGGCCAAAAGGGUGACUGUUUGUCCAUCGCCAAGAAAUUGGCUUUGCUCAAGGAGUUUGAGGAGGUAAAGAACAGUGGUGUCCUGAGACCCAACAAGGAGAUGCUCACCAGAAAGCGACCAGGGUACUUCAGCGGUUGCUGCAGUGAAAGCAAGUGGGGUGGUGCACGGAAAAGGUUCAAGUGGGAUCUUUUCGCAGAAAUGAUGCCGGCCAUGGCAACGAGAUGUGAUGAGGUACCAAGUUGGUUGAAACAGAGGAUGGGCUUGGUCAAUGCCAAGUUCAAGGGUCCUUGUGAAGAGGCCAUUCCAGAGGAGGUCUUGAAGAUUGCAGAUGCCAUCUUGAUGGAUGAAUGCGCUAGAGGGCUUGAGAUGGACACGAAGUCGGUGACCACACUCAUGCACAGCCUCAUCGACAUGUACAACGAAGAGGCGGAACAGUUCAACAAGGAGUCGGAGGCCAAGCACCUUGAACGACUUUCAGAGCUUGACGCAAAUGGCGUUUUGAGCAAGGAUGAACUUGAGGCCGUUGCCAACCGGCCUCCUCCUCAGGCCCCUGUGAUUGCCAAGGAUGAAUGGACCGACAAGAAAAUGGAGCAUUUGGUUCUUCGUUUUUGCAAGUCAUGGGGGUAUGCUCGCUACAAGCAAGACCGUCCAUCAAAGCAUUUGAGCAGGGAGCACCCAUCCAUGAAGCGACUGGCAAGCUACAUCCAGUCCCUGAAGGAGACGAAGAAGAUCGAUAGCAGGCUGAUGUUCAAUUGGGACCAGGUUUGGACCUGUUUGUACGAGCCGAAGCGCAAGGUGAUAUGGAAGAAUGGAGAUGCUGGUGCCCAAUCUGAGCUGCAACGCUUUGGUGCCAGGAAGAAGAUUGCGAACAGUUUGGCCGAUCAUUUUGGCCAAGAUGCUGAGUUUCCAGAGAAAAGGGCUUCGUGGGAGCAGAACCUAGCCAAGCUCUCUGGCUACGGUGCAGCUGUGACAUGCCAGGCUUGGAGAAACCCACGCACAACAACCACCAUUUCGUGGUGCGAUGGUGAGCUGGGGCCUUUGUUUGUGACAUUUGGUGAUGGCCAAGUUUCGGACAAAGACGUGUCGGAGGUCAACAGUCAGUACCAGGGAACUUUGCAUGUAGAACAUGUAUGCAAGAAGACUCACAUGUGGAACGAAGAAACUUGCCUGAAGUUUUUGGAUUUCAUGUCCAAAGAAAUCCGGAGAAAACGACUGUCUCUGGGCUACAAAGAUGCCUCAGAAGCUCCUUGCCUCGGGAUUUGUGAUCGAGCUCCAUCACACCAAUCCCAGAUCUUCCGAACCUUGAGGGCCAACUGGGCCAAAGAGAACAACGUGAUCUUGCUGGGGGCAGACGUAGAUGGGCCUUGCCCAGUCCCGGGCGGAUUCGGUGCGACCAUGCAACCGAACGACAGGUACCACCAGUUCUUCCACAUGCUCAGGGCAGCUUACCUUCGUGCCGCUUGUGGCGUACCUGCAAACCCCUUAGCUUCAACUUUGUCUGAGAAAGAGCUGGGCCCACACGAUGUCCCCAUCAUUCAAUGCCCAGUAAGGGUUUCCCUUGCUGCAGAUGCAUUUGCCGUGAAGAAGUUACGGGAGUACAAAGAUGGAGCCAUCAUCCAGUGGGCGUGGGUCACUGCAGGGCAUGUCACAGAGAAAGAGAUCUCGGACUGGUGUUUUGGUGGUGACCAAGCCUACAAGCACACGUGGCAGAACGCUGACUGCGUGCUGAAGGGAGAAAGGUUCCACUCGUGGUUUGCCAUUCCGGAGGAUGGGGGGGAGGAGAUCCAAUUACCAGUUUGGAUCAACACGCCGUUGGAAGUGCAAAUUUCCCAGUGGCUUGCAACCAAGGAGGACGCAUUUGCUGCAGAGCCAAACCGCACAUUGGUGGUGGAUUUGGAAGAGAAGCGGAUUUUGCCACCCUCUCAAGUUUCCAGCAAAACCAUCGGCAAGCGGUAUGUUGUGUUGACAAUCACUAUGUCUCUCAAUGCUGCAGAGCUGGCGGUACGCUUCGGGAAGGGGCAAAAGAACAAGCUUGUUGUGCGAGAGUUUGAAUCCCACGGCGGUGCAGCCCCAACGGUUGCUUUCGGCGGGGCCGAACCUAUGGAGGAAGAGGAGAUGCAAGAUUUGCUCGGGGACGAUCCAGGAGAUCAUGCUUUGGAUGUGUCCGACGAUGAAGAUCCCAUGUAUGGUGAGGACUUGGACUAG